UGCUAUCAUCUCACCCUUGCUGGCUCUAGCUAUUCUGUUUCCAACUUUAAGUUGAACUCACACACACAACACUAAACAGUCACAGACAGACUGCCAAUCAGCCAAUGAAAUGUUAACUGAGAGUGAGAUUAGUGGAUUAACAUGUACCAAAGUAGCUUGUCUAAGAAGAGAACGUUACAGAAGCCCCCGAACCAGUCAGCUAAUCCACAAGGGACGGGACACAUAAUACUCACCACUGUGCAGAGUAAAGAGAGUGAACCUUAACGGAGCUACCGGGAAACUACACCUCGUUCCCAAGAUUUGUUUUGCAGCCAUAGUCCUGUGGUCCCACCAUGUGAACUCCCUGGUCUGUGAGUGGAGCCUAGGAUCUGAGGGCAUCAUGCUGGAUACAGAGGGCCGGUGGUCGGAGGCGUUAGCCAGCAACAACAUAAGAGCCAUCAUCCGCUGGCUACGGAAGCUAACAGCUGAAGGUGAGGGUGAGCAGGAGGAAAUCCUACAGACCUUCAGCUGCUGGGUACAGAGGACAUCAGAGUUUGCUAAGAAGGAGUUAUUAACACUAUGUUUCAGCCGUUGCAAGGGCCUGUGGAUGUUUCUGGACCGCAGUGCGUUCAGCAGAGUGCACACGCUGCUGCAGAGGCUGAGGAAUUUGCUCACCCUGGCCCAGUGGGCAACAAAGCAGCUCGGUUCAGCCCACCUCUGGCAUGGUGUGGGCGUCCCUUGUGUGGUCUGCAGGGACACAUUUGACUCUUCAGAAGUCAGACGUGGCUGCUGGAACCGAGAGCACAGGGCCCUAGAGCAACACAUCUGGCUGGGACAGCUGGUACAGUGGUGGGGCAUUAUGGGACUUCUACCCAAGUAUGCUGAGGCUCAAGAGGUGAGGCGUAUUUCUCAAUUGUGGAAGGACAUGGCUCACAGCCAACAGAAAGCUUGUCUCGAGACUCCUGGACGGAAAGAGGGAGAAAUGGCAAGAUUUCAAUCCUUGAUACAGGGUAUAGUGACCCAGCUAAACCGACAACAUGGAUGCAUUUGGGUUUCAGAAGACUGCACAGACCAGUGCUAUCCUCCUCCUAAUCUGCAGGCCCUGCUAAAGCUCGUGUUGGUGCCUCAUAUCGAUAAGAUGUCAGUCGAAGCACUUCUCAUGUACUUUGUCCUGGAUACAGCUAACUUCCUGCAGUGCAAAGACAACCUUCUCCAAUCUUUCUGCCAUGCCUUUUCUAUUCCCUCCUGCUUCUCCCAACAAAUCAAGGCCUUCUGGAUGCUUGAUCAUGGACAAAUUAAGGCCUCCAUGGAGUUACUGCUGAGCCCCCGGGCUGCUGCUCCAUGUCUCACAUGGCAGCAUCGCUGUAUCAUCCACUGUCUGCUAACCAGGAAGCAGCCUCAGCUGGCGUUAAAGUAUCUUCACUGGACUAGCCCUGCAAUGGAGAGCGUUGAGGAUGUUAAGCUAUGUGCAGAUGUGCUACUUCAAAACAGUUGUAUCUCUGAAGCCUGGGCUCUGCUGAAGAGAGGCCACACAGAAAGCGAUGAGGUGGUCCUGUACUUCCUCCAGGCCUGCAAUGGAUUAGGUCUCUGUGCAGAAGCUUUAAAGUGCAUCCCUGCAGGAUACCAUGAUGAGGGGGACAUCGCAAAUGGGACUACAGGGUUUCCACUGAUAAAGAAAGAUAUGUCAGCAGAAAGGCCACCCUGCCCACUAUCUGCCAAACUGUAUCAGGCUCAGAGCGUAAACACAGUCCUCCCAGCAGAACUGGUACAACUGGUUAGAAAGGCUGUGAUGGAAGUGAGAACGCUACAUCCCAAGAUAAGUGAGGUUGCGUGGCCGGAGCAUGAUGAGAGAAAAUCGAACAGCAGAGAGAUGUUUCUGUCAACCCAGGCUCUCCGUCAUCUCACGCCCAGCCCCUCCCCACUGGACGUGUUAGAAGAAACAGUUCAAACAGCACAUACAGAUUUAGCAGUAGAGAAACAGCCUGUCUCUAAUGUAUGCAUUGUCGGUGUCCCUAAGAUAAAUGACCACAACAGUAAAUCAUUGAUUUUGAGAAAUAAUGAUCCUUGCCCUUUACAUCUCUUCUUGUCCCAGCAGCAGCCUGAACCACCAGAGAGCAUUUCUUCUUCUGAGGAUCUGAGCUCUGAGAACAUUUCCUCCUUAACCUCAGCAUCCUCGUUGCCUCUGUUAAGACGGGACCGUGCUUAUGAGUACAAAAGUACUGCGACCCUGCAGAGGAUCUCCUCUCUCCUCACCGAUGGAGAGAACCAAAGCAGCGAAGAGGAGGAAGAAGAAGAAAGCGGAACAUCUUUUCCACAUUUCCCUGAGAUGACAGCAGAUGGCGCCACAGACCCCAUUGUUGUGAGCAACUCGAACACAGACGUUGUGGUAGAGCUGGUUCUUUCUGCUGAGGAGCUAGAGGAUAUUCAGACACAUGUUUUCUCCAGCGAGACCUCAGGACCUUUAAUGGAUGAAAACGUUCCUGUAAAAGAAAGUUGCAGGUUACAUCUUCCCCCUGAGCUCUACAGCAAUGAGGUCAGCCAAUCAGGGCCCUCACUCUGUGAGUGUGUGGUGGAGAGUAACAGCUUCCUCUCACCUAACUAUGAGAAAAUGGCCUGCACAGGAGAGGACCUAGUUCAUGGACACCCAGAUGUCUCUGAUUUCUGCAGCUCUGCGUUGUCACUCCACCAAGAGGACCAAUCAGACUGCACGCUUUCACAGAUGUUCAAUUUUAGUGAAGCAGACAUAUCUGACUUUUUCAUGGAAAAGGAAGUUCUGAAAACAUAUGAGCCUGACCAUCAAGAGGAAGCAGCUGGAUGCUUCAAUCAAGACCUCUCCUGGGCUCUGUCUGAAACCACUCAGGACCUUCUGACUGACCUUCACCACAGCCUUCACUCGAGGAUUCAGCAGCCACAGGCUCAGGGGAUUUAGAGACGGGUCAGCAGGACAUCUCCCUCCUCACCCCUGUGUGCAGCUCAAUUUUCCCCUCACAGCUUCACAUCUCUGGUAGCUCUCUGACCCCCAGCAUAACCUGCAACCUCAUUACCACCUCUGCUCCUUCUGACACCACCACUGAGUGCUCCCUGGAAGCCCAAUUAAAGAGCACCUCAGCCUGGCUUGAACAAUGUAGAAUGGGCAUCUGUUUGAAAGAGGAGCUGGAAAAACAUAGAGCCUACACUGGCCUUCUACCUACUACAGCACCAGGAGCAACUUUCACAUCAGAGGAUAUGAAGCAUUCUUUUGUUCUUGGCCAACCGUACUCCAACAGUCUGUUCAACUUCAUGGACUUCACUGCAAAAAAGAAAGGAGACAGCAGCCAUGGCAAACAG